UUAAAAAACAAAUUAGUAAUGGUUUUUAGGUGAUGAAUUCUCUGUGUUCAGACACUAGGGAAAUUGUUUUGCUUGACUUUGCGUAUUUGUUGUAAGAACUUUAUUUUAUUUUAUUUUUUUAAUGAGGUAGAGAAGAUACAUUCCUAUCCACUUAGAAAUACAGAGGUACAAAGACCAGCUUAGAACACGUGGUGGCGGCAGAGGGAAGCCGAAGUGGGUUGAGCCAGAAGGAGCCAGAGAGCCGGGCGGCGCCCUCAUUGCCCCUCCUUGCUUAAUUGGUGCGUUGGAGGUGCCCAGCGGGAGGCUUUCGCCUCACUCCCCCUCCCAGUCGGAUUAUAACAAAAUCGGAAUGGCUGAAGCGGAUCGUCCAGGGAAACUGUUCGUAGGGGGCCUCAAUAUAGAGACAAACGAGAAGGCUCUUGAAGCCGUAUUUGGGAAAUAUGGGCGAAUAGUGGAGGUACUUCUGAUGAAGGACCGAGAAACCAGGAAAUCCAGAGGGUUUGCUUUUAUCACUUUUGAAAGUCCGGCAGAUGCUAAGGAUGCUGCCAGAGACAUGAACGGGAAGCUUCUCGAUGGAAAAUCCAUUAAAUAUCACGUGGGAGAGACAACUAUGGAGGCCCGCCCCGAAGGGACCCGAUGCCGUCGCGAAGAGAUGUUUAUAUGUCACCCAGAGACGAAGGGUAUAACACUAAGGACGGUUACUCGAGCAGAGAUUAUCGAAGUUCUCGAGACAACAGAGAUUACGCACCACCUCCGAGAGAUUAUGCGUACCGUGAUUACGGCCAUUCCAGUUCACGGGAUGACUAUCAGUUUAGAGGCUACAGUGAUCGUGAUGGCUAUGGUGGUCGUGAGAGAGACUAUUCGGAUCACCCCAGUGGAGGAUCCUACCGAGAUUCCUAUGAGAGUUAUGGCAGUGCUCCGCCUGCCAGAGGGCCUCCGCCAUCUUAUGGUGGAAGUGGUCGCUACGACGAUUACAGCAGAGAGGAGUACGGUGGAAGCAGAGAAAGUUAUUCGAGCAGCAGAAGUGAUAUCUACUCAAGUGGUCGAGGAGAUCGUGUUGGCCGACAAGAUAGAGGGCUCCCCCCUUCUAUGGAUAGGGGAUACCCUCCUCCCCGUGAUUCCUAUAGCAGCUCAAGCCUCAGAGCCCCAAGAGGUGGCCGCAGAGGAAGUCGAUCUGAUAGAGGAGGAGACAGAAGCAGAUAUUAAAGAGAAAAACUUAAGUUUCUGGGCCAAAACCCCCUUUCAAAAAACACAAAGCAAAUGGAACUUGUUCUUUACUACUAGAGACUACGAAAAAGGAAACAAAGUGUUUUUACUUUUUUUUUAAUUACCUGUUAAGUUCCCCUCUAUAAUUUUUUUGUUUUUGUGAAGGUGAUACUUAAUUUCAUUUCAGAUUUGUUUAUUUUUAAAAAACCAGAAGUUAAAUGUGUGAAAUUUGAGCUCUGUGUACUAGUGUUGUAAGUUUCAAAGUAAGUUUCCCUGAAAAAGAAAAAAAAAAGAAAAAAAAUAGAGAGGUAGAGUGCUAUAGAUAAGAGAUGAUGUAUGCACUUUCAGAUGAGAUCACUGUAUUAUUAUCUUUUCUUACCUGUUUUAUUUUGUUAUAAGAAACCUCUCACAAAGAAGGAAUAUUUUGUAAAUGUAUGUGCUGUAAAAACAUACAUUGACAAAAUUAAAAGUGAUUUUAAAAAAAAAGGAAAGAAAUGGCAUGAGCAUCCAGGAGUAGUUAAGAAAGCAAAGCACAUUCUUAAGAAAUUCAUAUUGACUAGAACAAAGGAUCUGUUUGGGAAAGUAGUACAAGAUACUUUUGGAAAUGAAGCCAGGGGCUAGGUUUGGGCAGGCCUUGAAUGCAUUUGGAUUUUAUUUGGCAAGCAGAGGGGUUCCAUAAAGGUGAUCUCUUCCUCAUCAACUCACUGGGCAUUUGUAUUAUUUUUAAUGCUCUUAAAACAGUAAUCUGUGUAUAUGACAGGAAUGCCAUAAUAAAUAGAAAGCUGGUCCCAUCUCUAAUGCAUUCUGGUUGUAUAACCCUGGACAAGUUAUUUAAUGUUGUAAUACCUGAGGCAUAAGACUAUAAAAUGGAAAACAAUCUGCAUUGGUAGAGGGAAUUUACUGACUUGGACUUUUUUAUAACAAUGAAAUCACAAGAAUGUUUUUUUUUUAAGUUUCUAUGUUUGCCUAUAUUGUCAUAAUAGAAUCACAGAUUUCCUGUUAGAAAUGACUUUAUUGGUCAUCCAAUCUAAUCUCAUACUUUAUAUAUAAGGGAACCAAGUUCCAGAAAAGUAAAUGACUUCUAUAUCCCUUAUCUCCAAAAACAAAAUCUUUUAACUCAAUUAGAUUAGAAGGCCAUCAAGAUCAGAAACCAUUUCUUGCUUAAUUUUAUGUCUCAUCUCUCCCAGUGCUUUGUAUAAACUGCACAUAGUAGGUAUUUAAUGCAGCUUUGUUGAAUGAAUUUAUUAUAAAAUGUUUUUGCAUUGA